CGAUGGGCCGGGGCCUCCCGCGAUUUCAGGGGGACGCGGCCCCUCCUCGGUUCUUAUUGGGUGUUUCAAACAUCCUUGUCUGCAAAUAUACAUGGUGGGAUUGGUGGCCGGCUACUCCUGUUCCGGUUUCCUUGAUUGGUCCUAGCCUGAAUCAGGAGAGGUCUGGAAGGCGCAGAGAUGCACAAGGCUAUAGCAGUUGUUCUGCUCCUUGUUCGGCUCUGAGCAUUGGUUGAUUUGCAAAGUGAAGAUAGCAUGGGCCCUGGGACGGCAUCGGCGUCCUGGGGUUUGCAACUCGGCGUGGUGCUGGUCUUUCUGCUGGCCUCUGGCUGCCAGGGGCUGAGCCAUGAGGGCUGGCUUCUCCUGGGUCUCAAGAGCCAGAUGAUUGACACUUACAACCACCUUGACAACUGGAACCCGAGGGAUCCAUCGCCGUGCGCAUGGAGGGGUGUCAACUGCUCCUCGUCCUCAUCGUCGAGGCUAGCAGUGGUGUCUCUCAACGUCAGCAACAUGAACCUGUCGGGCACCGUCGGCCCCGGCAUUGGCGGUCUUACUGAGCUCACUAGCCUUGAUCUGUCCUUCAAUGAGUUCUCUGGAACCAUCCCUCCGGAUAUUGGGAAUUGCUCAAAACUGGUGUUGCUCAACUUGAAUAACAACAAUUUUGACGGUACAAUCCCCCCUGAGCUCGGGAAACUGGUCAUGCUGACCGGAUGCAAUCUGUGCAAUAACAGGCUCCAUGGUCCAAUACCUGAUGAGAUUGGUAACAUGUCAUCACUUCAAGACUUGGUGGGGUACAGUAACAACCUCUCCGGUUCUAUACCACAUUCCAUCGGCAAGCUCAAGAACCUGAAGACCAUUCGGCUUGGACAGAAUCUUAUAUCUGGCAGCAUUCCUGCCGAGAUAGGUGAAUGCCGUAACCUGACCGUGUUUGGUCUUGCACAGAACAAGUUAGAAGGGCCUUUGCCAAAAGAGAUUGGGAGACUGGGUCUUAUGACAGACCUAAUCCUGUGGGGAAAUCAGCUUUCUGGCCCCAUUCCUUCAGAGAUCGGAAAUUGCACAAAUCUCAGGACAGUUGCCCUUUAUGAUAAUGAUCUGGUUGGUCCUAUACCUGCAACAAUUGGGAACAUUACUUAUCUUGAGAAGCUAUAUCUUUACAGGAAUUCCAUAAAUGGUACCAUUCCAUCUGAAAUUGGGAAGCUUUCUUUUGCAGAAGAGGUUGAUUUUUCUGAGAAUUUCUUAACUGGAGGGAUACCAAAGGAAUUUGGCAACAUACCAGGGCUGUAUCUACUCUACCUCUUCCAGAAUCAGCUUACCGGCUUUAUUCCUAGUGAGUUGUGUGGAUUGAGGAACUUGAGCAAGCUUGAUCUUUCGAUCAAUUCACUCACCGGCCCAAUUCCAGCCGGAUUUCAGUACAUGACCAAGCUAAUCCAGUUGCAACUCUUCAACAAUAUGCUAUCAGGGGACAUACCUCCAAGGUUUGGCAUUUACAGUCGACUCUGGGUGGUGGAUUUCUCAAAUAACAACAUUACAGGGCAGAUACCUCGAGAUCUUUGUAGGCAGUCAAACCUUAUUUUGUUGAAUCUGGGGUCUAACAAGUUGACUGGAAACAUACCUCACAGAAUCACCAGCUGUAAAUCCUUGGUGCAGCUUCGUCUCAGUGACAACAGUCUGACAGGAAGCUUCUCCACUGAUCUCUGCAAUCUGGUGAAUUUGACAACAAUUGAGCUGGCUCGAAACAAGUUCAAUGGCCCCAUUCCUCCUCAGAUAGGGAAUUGCAACACUCUGCAGAGGCUUAACCUUGCAAAUAAUUAUUUCACAUCUGAGUUGCCUCGAGAAAUAGGGAACUUGUCAAAGCUUGUGGUCUUCAAUAUCUCGUCUAACAGGCUAGGAGGAAGCAUACCGCUGGAGAUCUUCAAUUGUACAACGUUGCAACGUCUUGAUCUCAGCCAGAAUAGCUUUGAAGGUUCAUUGCCAAAUGAAGUUGGUAGACUGCCUCAGCUGGAGCUUCUCUCGUUUGCUGAUAAUAGGCUAUCUGGACAGAUGCCACCUAUUCUUGGUAAACUUUCACAUUUGACAGCACUGCAGAUUGGUGGCAAUCGAUUCUCCGGUGGAAUACCAAAGGAGCUGGGCCUGCUGUCAAGCUUGCAGAUUGCCAUGAAUUUGAGCUAUAAUAAUCUCUCAGGGAAUAUACCAUCAGAGCUUGGCAGUCUUGCAUUACUGGAAAGUUUGUUUCUCAAUAAUAACAACCUGACAGGUGAAAUCCCAGAUACAUUUGUAAACCUGUCAAGUUUGCUUCAGCUCAAUGUCUCGUACAAUAAUCUCACAGGUACUCUCCCCCCUGUGCCGCUUUUUGACAACAUGGUUGUCACCAGCUUUAUUGGAAACAGAGGACUCUGUGGUGGACAACUUGGCAAGUGUGGAUCUGAGUCACCCGCCUCUUCCCAGUUAUCCGACUCGGUCAGUCGCCCUAUGGGCAAGAUCAUAGCAAUUAUUGCCGCCAUUAUUGGAGGAGUUUCACUUAUUCUUAUUGCCAUACUUUUGCACCACAUGAGGAAACCAUUAGAAACAGUAGCCCCUUUGCAAGACAAGCAAAUUCUAUCUGCUGGGUCUAACAUUCCUGUUUCUGCGAAGGAUGCGUAUACAUUUCAGGAACUGGUCUCUGCUACAAAUAAUUUUGAUGAUAGUUGUGUGAUUGGACGGGGUGCUUGUGGAACUGUGUACAAAGCCGUCCUGAAGCCUGGGCAGAUAAUUGCGGUAAAGAAGUUGGCUUCUAACAGGGAAGGAAGCAACACAGACAACAGCUUCCGUGCAGAGAUCAUGACUCUUGGAAAGAUAAGACAUCGUAACAUUGUGAAGCUGUACGGUUUCAUCUAUCACCAGGGUGCAAACCUUUUGUUGUAUGAGUACAUGCCAAGAGGCAGCCUUGGAGAGCUACUUCACGGGCAAUCUUCUUCUUCCCUUGAUUGGGAGAUACGCUUCACGAUAGCCCUUGGGGCAGCUGAAGGGCUUUCAUACUUGCAUCAUGAUUGCAAGCCUCGAAUCAUCCACAGAGAUAUCAAGUCAAAUAACAUUUUACUUGAUGAGAACUUUGAAGCUCAUGUUGGUGACUUUGGGUUGGCCAAGGUGAUUGACAUGCCAAUCUCAAAGUCGAUGUCUGCAAUUGCUGGUUCAUAUGGCUAUAUUGCACCAGAAUAUGCCUACACCAUGAAGGUAACCGAGAAAUCCGACAUAUACAGCUAUGGUGUCGUGCUGUUGGAGCUGCUAACAGGCCGUGCGCCUGUGCAGCCGAUAGAGCUGGGAGGUGAUCUGGUAACAUGGGCCAAAAAUUACAUCAGGGACAAUUCUCUGGGUCCAGGGAUCUUCGAUAGCAAUCUCGAUUUGGAAGAUAAAGCCGUCGUCGAUCAUAUGAUCGAGGUCCUGAAAAUUGCUCUGCUAUGUAGUAACCUGUCGCCGUACGAGAGACCGCCGAUGCGGCAUGUUGUAGUUAUGUUAAGCGAGUCGAAAGACAGGGCCCGGGCGAGCUCGGCGUCGUCGCCUGCUUCUGAUCGUUCUUCGAAGAAGGAUAGCUCUUCCUCGGUGCAAAAUUUAUCUCAACUUUCUGAACUUAUGAAUGUGCUUUGGCCGUUAGGUCCAGGCCUCCAGGGUCACUCUACUCGGUCGAACAAGCCACCCCCGUCAGACCAGAGACCUACCAUGGCAGCAGAGGACGCAGGGAGCCAGCACCCGCACGUCGUCCUCUUCCCCUUCCUCGCGCGCGGCCACAUCCCCGCCUUCCUCCGCCUCGCCGGCCUCCUCCACGAGCUGCGCCCGGGCAUCACCGUCACCCUGGUCUCCACGGCGCGCAUUCUGGCUUCGCUCUCCCUCCCGCCCACCCACCCUCCUAUCCGCCUCCACGCGCUCCCGUUCGCGCCCGCGGACCACGGCCUGCCGCCCGGCGCCGACUCCCUCGCCGACCUCCACGUCCACCAGUUCAUCGCCUUCUUCCAGGCGUCCGAGUCCCUCCGCCCCGCCUUCGAAGGGUUCGUCUCCGGCAUCCGGUCCCCGGUCUGCAUCGUCGCCGACGCCUUCUUCGGCUGGACGGCGGACGUCGCGCGCGCGCACCGCGCGUUCCACGCGACCUUCCUCACCGGCGGCGCCUUCGGCUUCGCCGUCUUCUUCUCCGUGUGGGAGCACCUGCCGCACACGCGCGCCGCCGGCGACGAGUUCCCUCUUCCCGAUUUCCCGAGCGUCGUUCUCCACCGCACGCAGAUCCCGCGGUACAUCCUCGCGGCGACCGGGGCCGAUCCCUGGUCGGCCUUCUUCCGGCGGGUCAUCUCGUUUUGCCGCAAGACUGAUGCGGUCCUCGUCAACACCGUCCAAGAGCUCGAGUCCUCCGGCCUAGACAUGCUCAGGAGAACCUUCGGCGUCCAACCAUGGGCGGUCGGGCCGAUUCUCGCUGCGCCGACGACUCCGUCGGCCUCGCAUGACGAUGCCGGCAUCUUCCGGUGGCUGGACGCGCACCCGCCGCGCUCGGUCCUGUACAUAUCCUUCGGGUCGCAGAACAGCAUCAACGCCGAUCAGAUGACGGAGCUGGCACGGGGCCUGGAGGCCAGCGGGCGGCCGUUCCUCUGGGUCCUCCGGCCACCGCUGGGUCUCGACGCGAAGGACGGCUUCAAGCCGGAGUGGCUCCCGGCCGGCUUCGAGGAGCGAACGGCGGAGGCCAACAGGGGGCUGCUGGUGCGCGGGUGGGCGCCGCAGGUGCGGAUCCUGGCGCACCCGUCCACCGGCGCGUUCAUGAGCCACUGCGGGUGGAACUCCAUCCUGGAGAGCCUGUGCCACGGCGUGCCGGUGAUCGGGUGGCCGCUGGGGGCCGAGCAGUUCUUCAACGCGAUGGUGGCGGUGGAGUGGGGCGUCUGCGUGGAGGUGGCUCGGGGGAACAUGGAGACCUCGGUGGUGGCGAUGGCGGCCGUGGCCGACGCCGUGGGGACGGUGAUGGGGGAGACGGAGAAGGGCGGCGAGAUGAGAAGGAAUGCGGGGGUGAUCGCACGCGCGAUGGUGGCCGCGUGGGAGGGGCCGCGCGGGUCGUCGGCGGUGAGCUUGGAGGGGUUCCUCGGAUGCGUUGAGACGUCCGUGCGUUGAGAUUUCCGCGUCGAUGCUGUUACAGACUUACGUGCAGGUCCAUGUGCUUGCUGGUAUUUCCGGUUGUUACAGAUAUUUAUGAACACAGUCAAAGUAAUUAUUGAGAAUUGUACCAACUGAUGUACAUUGUGAUUCCAGCUUCCGGAAAGAAAGGAACUACUCUGCUAUUUGCAUAAA